UAAUGAUAGCAGUGCGGGAAAGUGAGAACAUUGAAUCGUAACGACUCUCGGAAGGAACAUCAACGUGUUUAGUUGAGCAAAGAAAAAAAAAUGCGUUUCAACUUUUUGUCAUUUGACUUCGGUCUCCUGCUGUUGGUGCUUGUCGCUCUUCUUCAAGGAGCUACAGCUGGUCGGUACCGCGAGAAUUCGAACGACCUAACAUGCAAUCCGGACAACUGUAUAAAAACGGAACAGUGCGAGGAACUAAUAAGAGGACCUCCUCAACGAUGCGAAAAAUCUGGCGAAAGUUGCUGUUCAGUGGUCAAAGAGGAAUUCCGAGCGACCUGCUUUCAUCAUGGUGGAGUCUGCAUGGAGCAAUGUGCAGAGGUCAUCACGGUUAGGCGACCCACCGAGUGUCAAGCGCCCCAAAAGUGCUGUGUCUUAGUUUAAUUGUAUCAAGGAAUUUGUGGGGUGGAGCCUGAGAAAAUGUAUUCGAUGCAAAGUCCCGAAAGCGUUGUUUGUAAAUGAACGUGCAAAAAAAAAUCGAAAUAAAGAAGUGAGAAUCGAGUUA